UCUAGAAAGACAUAUAAAAAAAAACGGAGGGAGUAUAUUGAAAGCCUGGUCUGGAAUUCUUGAACCAAUAGUAGAAAAAAGCAGUUAAUUAUGGGGAGCUCAAAUAUUGAUGCUAUCCUACUCAUCAUCGGGUGUAUGUUCUUAGUUAUCUUCAAUCGGUUUGAAUGUGUAUGCAGCCAUGAUCUUAAUGUUGCUGAUAACUCAAAAAGUGCAGGCUGCAUUGACAGUGAACGACUAGCUCUUAUGGAACUCAAAGGAAGCCUUGUUGAUCCUCCGAAUCGAUUGUCAUCAUGGACUGGGAAGGAUUGCUGCAAUUGGAAGGGAAUCGCUUGCGAUAAUCACACGGGUCACGUCGUGACGCUUGAUCUCGGUAACCACAUCAAUCCUUAUUCCCCAGUCCCCUUUUCUGACACUUUUUUUGAUUUUAUGGACAACAUGUUAUGGGGUAAGAUCAGUACUCCUUCUAUAUGUGAUUUGGAAGAUUUGAACUAUCUUGAUCUAAGCUCCAAUAAUUUUGCCGGAACUCAAAUCCCGAAAUGCUUUGGAUCUUUGAGAAAUUUGAGGUACCUCAACCUCUCUUUAGCUGGAUUUGAAGGAGAGAUUCCUCCUCAUCUUGGAAAUCUAUCUAGAUUACAGCAUCUAGAUAUUGCUCGAGUUUCAAGUUUUGGAUUUGCAACGAGCUACACUUUAAGUACUAAGAAUCUUGAGUGGGUUACAGGGCUUUCUUUCUUAAAGAGUUUGGAUCUUUCUGGCAUUGUCAUAAGUGAAAGUCAUCGUUUGUUGGAUUCAGUUAACAUGCUUCCUUCGUUAUCAUCUUUGCAACUAAGAAAGUGCUUCUCACCAGAUGGAAUUGGAAAUCAUAAUUCUCCUCUUGUUCCUUCUCAUUUCAAUCUCACACCUCUUGUUUCUCUUGACAUUGGGGGGAACGGUCUGGAAUCUCCCUCACUACUAAAUUGGUUCUCCAACCUUUCUAGCAAUCUUCAAGUUCUUAGGAUUGGAGGCAAUAACUUCGAUGGUCCAUUCCCUUUCACGUUACGAAAAUUCCCGCAUUUAACAGUUCUUGACAUUUCAUCAAACUUAUUGUUCAAUUAUUCACCAUUGUUAGAUUCAUUGUGCAACCAUACAAGCCUAUCUUCUGUUGAUCUUAGUUACAAUCAACUUCAAGGAUCACUUCCUCUUUGCCUCGGAAAUGUGACUUCUCUUAACAUACUUCGUUUGGGAUCCAACAACUUCGGAGGGGAAAUUCCCAGUGAGUUGUGUAAUCUUAAACAACUAACUGAUCUCGAAUUGGAUUCCAACUCUUUCAACUCUUCCAUCCCGCCAUGUAUUGGAAGACUUACGGAGCUUGAAUCUCUUUAUCUCAAUGAAAAUCAGUUGUCUGGUACAAUUCCUUCAACCCUUGGCCAACUCAGCAGACUAAAAGUUUUAGCUAUUGGACAGAAUUCAUUGACAGGUGCUUUGUCGGAGUCGCAUUUUACGGAACUCAAAAAUUUAGAUGUUUUGUCAGUCUCUGGUAACAAGUUUCUGACACUCAAUGUAAGCAAUCAAUGGAUCCCUCCAUUCCAACUCAGGUCCAUUUAUAUGGGUUCUGUUCACAUGGGCAAUCAAUUUCCCUCAUGGCUUCAAACCCAAAAGAAUGUUGUAGAGUUAGACAUGGCAAAUGCCGGUAUCUCUGAUCGUAUCCCUGACUGGUUCGGAAGCACUUUUUCUAGUGUCCAAUAUCUAAAUCUAUCAGGAAAUGAUAUCCACGGUGAGGUACCAUUAUCAAUGAAAAGAUUAAGGUAUUUAGAUAUACUUGAUCUCAGCGGUAAUCAACUUAGUGGCACUUUAUCGGAAUGGAUUGGUGAAGAGCUAUCACAGUUGGAGGAUAUUAAUCUUCAAUCCAACAAUUUUUCUGGUAAUAUUCCCACACAAUUAUGCCAAUUACCAAACCUUCAAAAACUACGCUUGGCAAAUAACAGCUUGACUGGUCACCUUCCAGCGGAUUGCUUUUCUUAAGCAUUAAAGCAUUGUGAUGGAAACAUUACAUCUCAUGGCAUUGCAAGAUCAUCAAAUGAAGAGUCUGCUGAUGGUACAGAGCUAUUGGCGGUGAAUUUUCUUGAAGGUCCAUGUAAUCUCACUUAUGGUUUCACCUCCAAACGAAAUUGACUAUGAGGAGAGUAGUAUAUGACAACUUAUAUGUUAAUUAAGUUGGGUUACUAUUUCUAUUUUGGGACGGUUGUCUUUACAUGUUUUCAAGUUCGAAGGAGAUUUUAACAAUUUCCUUUAAAAAAUAUUAUAGUGCUCCCAUUUUUUUUUUUUUGCUUUUAGUAUUUUAAUUUUGGGGGAUGAUAUUGAAAAGUUUAAUUACUUUAUGACAUAGAGGCUUUGUUUUCGUAGAGUAUAGUUUUCACUCUUGUUUAGCAUGCUAGCCUAAUCCUGUUGUUGAUCAAGAACAUGUUUGUCCAGAGC